AUGGCGGCGUUGAGCAGCGCCGAGUCCCCACCGCCCGUCUUCAACGGAGACACCAUGGACCGUGAUCCGGAGCGGGAGCGGGGACUGGAUGAACUCGGCGCGGGGCUCGAUUCCACCUGCUCUGGGGGGAUCCCCGAAUGUCAGCAGGACAUUCCCGAGGAGAUAUGGAAUAUCAAACAGAUGAUUAAGCUGACCCAAGAGCACAUAGAAGCACUUCUGGAGAAGUUUGGAGGAGAACACAACCCCCCUUCCAUAUACUUGGAGGCUUAUGAGGAGUAUACCAGUAAGCUUGACGCUCUGCAGCAGAGGGAACAGCAACUCCUAGAGGCUAUUGGGAAUGGCACAGAGUUUUGCUCCUCACCCACCCCCACCCUGCUGGAUGUGAAACUGGGUGGGGCUCAAGGCUAUCCCACAGCUCCCAACACCCUGUCCGUUCUGCAGACCCCCACUGAUGCUGCUCGUGGGAACCCCCGCUCCCCCCAGAAGCCCAUCGUCAGGGUCUUCUUACCCAACAAACAGAGGACUGUGGUCCCAGCCCGUUGCGGGAUGACUGUGAGGGACUCUCUGAAAAAGGCCCUUAUGAUGAGGGGCCUGAUCCCAGAAUGUUGUGCUGUCUAUAGGAUACAGGAUGGGGAGAAGAAGCCUAUUGGUUGGGACACAGACAUCUCUUGGCUGACUGGAGAAGAACUUCAUGUGGAAGUUUUAGAGAAUGUGCCACUAACAACACACAAUUUUGUGCGGAAGACUUUCUUCACCCUGGCCUUUUGUGACUUCUGUCGGAAGCUGCUGUUUCAGGGCUUCCGCUGCCAGACCUGUGGGUACAAGUUCCAUCAGCGCUGCAGUACUGAAGUCCCACUCAUGUGUGUCAACUAUGACCAACUGGACUUACUGCUAGCUUCUAAGUUUUUGGUCCACCAUCCAAUCACACAAGAGGAGGUGUCUUCAGAGGGCACUACCCCUGUGUCUGAGGUGUGCCCGUCCUUGCCCCCGUCAGACUCUGCUGGGUCGCUGUGCCACCCGACAGUGUCCCCGUCCAAAUCCAUUCCCAUCCCACAGAGUUUCCGACCUGGAGAAGAAGAUCAUCGUAACCAGUUUGGCCAGAGGGACCGCUCUUCUUCUGCCCCCAAUGUCCAUAUCAACACCAUUGAGCCAGUCAACAUUGACGACUUGAUUCGUGACCAAGGUUUACAGAGGUCUGAUGGAGCCCCCCUGAUCCACCCUGCCCGCUGCUUGAGGAAACACCGAACCCGGACCUCAAGCCCCCUCCUAUACUCCUAUCCCAAUGACAUUGUCUUUGAUUUUGAGCCAGAGCCUGUGUUCCGAGGCUCUACAACAGGGCUGUCGGCCACACCUCCUGCCUCCCUACCUGGUUCCCUGACCAAUGUGAAGGUGCCCCAGAAAUCGCCAUGCCAACAGAGAGAGCGCAAGUCAUCAUCCUCAUCCGAGGAUCGCAAUAAGAUGAAAACCCUGGGUCGGCGGGACUCGAGUGAUGAUUGGGAAAUCCCUGAAGGUCAGAUUACCCUGGGCCAACGGAUAGGCUCUGGCUCCUUUGGAACAGUCUACAAAGGAAAGUGGCAUGGUGACGUGGCAGUCAAGAUGUUGAAUGUCACUGCUCCAACCCCCCAGCAAUUGCAGGCCUUCAAGAAUGAAGUGGGAGUUCUCAGGAAAACCCGCCAUGUCAAUAUCCUGCUUUUCAUGGGCUAUACCACCAAGCCCCAGCUGGCCAUAGUAACCCAGUGGUGUGAGGGUUCCAGUUUAUACCACCACCUUCACAUCAUCGAGACCAAGUUUGAGAUGAUCAAGCUCAUUGAUAUUGCCCGACAGACUGCACAGGGCAUGGACUAUUUGCAUGCCAAGUCCAUCAUUCACAGAGACCUGAAGAGUAACAAUAUCUUUUUGCAUGAAGACCUGACAGUAAAGAUUGGUGAUUUUGGCCUGGCUACGGUGAAGUCUCGCUGGAGUGGCUCUCACCAGUUUGAGCAGCUGUCUGGCUCUAUCCUGUGGAUGGCCCCUGAGGUGAUCCGGUUGCAGGAUAAGAACCCAUACAGUUUCCAGUCAGAUGUGUAUGCCUUUGGGAUUGUCCUCUACGAACUCAUGUCGGGUGCUCUGCCGUACUCUAACAUCAACAACAGAGACCAGAUCAUCUUCAUGGUAGGCCGGGGCUACCUGUCCCCAGACCUGAGCAAAGUGCGCAGUAACUGCCCCAAAGCCAUGAAGAGGUUAAUGGCUGAUUGUCUGAAGAAAAAGAGGGAGGAGAGACCCCUUUUCCCUCAGAUUCUGGCCUCGAUUGAGUUGCUGGCACGCUCAUUGCCCAAGAUCCACCGCAGCGCCUCUGAACCUUCACUCAACCGUGCCGGCUUCCAGACCGAGGACUUCAGCCUGUAUGCCUGUGCCUCUCCAAAGACGCCCAUUCAGGCAGGGGGCUAUGGUGAGUUUUCAGCAUUUAAGUAGUGGUGCUGACUCCACAAGUCCAUCCCUCGUCACUUUUUAAGAAGUCUUGUGUUCCUACAGUGGGUUCAUCCAUAAAACCGAAAAAAAAUCUAGUCUCAAAGAAUGUGCUGUUUUUCUUCCUCCUUACCCGAAGAGCAGCAGCCAUGAUGAAAUCGCUAAACAACAGAUCUCUGCACAGGAAUGGCCGACUGAAAAGUCAACACACAUUAUAAAUAGGAGCAACUUGAGCAAUGUGACACAUAAAACAAAACAUAACACUGAAACUAGUAAGAAAAAAACCUACAGGAGGCCAAUGCUACAUGGAGGCGAUCAGCCCCUCAGAGGAGAGAAAAUGACCUUACCUGAGAAGAUGGUGGAAAUGGCUUUAUGAGCCACUGAGAAGUACAGUGGGAAAUUUGGAUUCAAGUGAGUUUAGGGAGCACAUGCCCUGCCUUGCUCCUCCCUGAGGGGGCAUUUGGCUAAGGGUCAAAUGCCAGCCAAUCAGAGCACAGGAUCUACACUCUGACCACUGGUAACAGAGAUUUAUGAAAAGAAAGGCCUUCCUCACAGCUCAUUGGUUGGCAUGAGGUGAUGGGGCCAGGUUGUAGCCAAUGUCACAGUGGCGCUGAAAGAUGAGAUAACUUGAAUGACAUUUAGAAAUUGUUUCCUUUUCUUAAGUUGAUUUUGUUACAUUUUGAUGUAAGGUAUG